AUGCAGGCCCAAGUGCGACUAGACGGGCCAAGAAGGUUCUGGAGAGCUCAGUAUUGCCGUGAAGAGAUCCCGCUGCAGCGGGAAGCACGCCAGAUCUGGCGCGACGUAAGGAAGAAGAAAUCUUCUGGUGAUGUUUCCAUUCCACAUAUGGAUAUUUUGGAAGACGGAUCCUUCUCGGUGCAGGAAGGAUAG